AUGGGUUUGUUCAGACAUAAAGACAAAACUCGUCCCGAGCCGCCUCCGGUAGCUCCUCCAAUUCCCUCAGAGGAAGAAAAUAGGGUACUGAAUAAUCGCAAUAAUGAUUCUUUCAGAAGUAGCAAUAUAUCGAGCGCAGAUACUCGGAUAAACCAAAAUUCAAACCAAAAUCCUGGAACUACGACAACCACUACCACUACAACUACCACAAUUCAUAAUGAUGGUACAACACAAACUCAUACCCAUCCAUAUGACCCUUCAAUUGACCCUCCUCCUGCAUCCUCAACCACUUACCCAUCGAAUGAACCACCACUACUAGCAAAUGAAACUUCCCAACAACCUCAGACAUCCAUACCCUCAGAAGGAGAACCUUCGCUUAGAAGAAAUAGCACUGGUGGCGGCCGGAUCAUCCCCGAACGUUCACCACUCCGAAACUCCAAUCCCGUGCCUCCCCUCAUGCUAGACCAAACUACCGACCCUCAAACCCCCAAUCUAGCAAACGCCACUAGCACCAGCAGCAAUCCCCAAACUAUUCCCCAAUCCAACCAAAACAUCCACAACCAAAACCCAACCACAGAAACCACUCCCACUAAUCCACCCCGAAUGCCAAUCAACGAGCAACAAACACCCAGCAGCCCCACCAAAUCCAACGUCAAUUUCUCCCGUCCAGGAGGUAAACGAGAAAAUAUCGUGAAUGCCGCACGGGGUAUACAUGGAGCAGGCGAAGCGCUAAGAGGAAGCGUGAAUUCGGCUAUUGCUGAGGGAUUUGGAGAUCAGAAAGAUUUGGAGCAGAAUCAAGUGGUUAAAGCGCAGGGUAUGAGGGAUUUUACCAAUAGUGGAUUUAGGGAGAAGGCGGGAAAUAGAUUGAGGAGGAGAAGUCGGGGGAUUACGAAUGAAAAUCGGGUUGGCGUUGUGGGGGAGAGGGUUUAG